AUGUCUACCAGUAAUGCUACAGAUUCAACAAAAUUAUCACAUUCGAAAUUAAAACCACCAAUUCAUAAUCCACAAUAUAAAUUUUUAAAAUAUGGUACAAUAUCAGAUUUAAAAACUUUAAGAAAAGCAAAUCCUUAUUAUUAUAAGAAAUAUUAUUAUUUACGUGAUUGUAAUAACAUAGGUACAAUAAUAUUAAAAAAUGGUAUUAAAAUUGGAAAUAGAGAAUUAUAUUUACAUUUAAAAUAUACAUUAAUGGAAUUAGAUUAUAAUAGUUUAUUAAAAAAAGGUAUACCUUAUGAUUCAAUUAUUUUCUAUCUAUGUGGGAUAUUAAAAUUACCAAUGAGUACUAUUUCAUUAUCAUUAAGUACUACAAGCCCAAUUGAACUUGUUGAAAAUUCAAUAAAAGAGACUAAAAUACCUGAAAAGGGAAAUGUUAGCGCACGGUAUAAUUCAUUUUUAAAAUUUAUUAGAAUUGAUUUACUACGAAAAAUCGUAACUAGAGUGAAAGAUGAAGGGUUGAUUUUGUUAACUUGUUGUUUAUUAAGUAAAGAAUUGUACCAGUUGAUUAUUGAAAGUCAUGUAAAAGAAGUUAAAAUCACAAGUUGUCAAAAAGAGAAAGAAGUGAAGAAGAAAGAAGUGAAAAAACCGAAGAAGGAGAUCACCACCAAAACACAGAGUAAGGAUCCAGUCUCUGAUAAUAUUAUGGCUAAUCUAAAGAAAGAUGUAAAGAAAUUACAUGAUAUGGAAUUAAUUAAAGGUGAUGAUACUGAAGUUGAAUCAUUAGAAAGAGAACCAGAAGAAAGUGAAGAAGAAAGUGAAGAAUCAGAAGUUGAAGAAGAAGUGGAAGAAUUAGACCAGGAACAAUAUCAAGUUACGUUUCCAUUAUUUAAACCAGUUGAAUUGUCAAAAGAUGAUUUAGAUAGUUUAGAUAUACCAUUAUCAGAAUCAGAAUCAGAAAUUGAACCAGAACAUGGUUGUAAUUCAAAUGAAGAAGAACAACCUAUAUUAAGACCAACUGUUUUUCAACCAUCAAGUGCAAAUAAUGUACAAUUCCCAAUUUCAUCAUCAAAUAGUAAUUUAGAAGAUACUUAUUCAACUUGUUCACCUCCAACUUCAAUUGAACCCGAAGAUAAUAAUGAAAAUUCACAAGCUUAUAAUUUAAAUGAAGAAGAUUAUCAAGAAUAUAUGUUUGAUUCUCAAGAUUUAGAUUCAAAUUUUAUUUAUAUAAUUGAAACCUUAACUGAUUUGUUUCCAAGGAUUAAAAAAACAGAAAUCAAAAUUAGACUUAAAAUUGCAAAUUCAUUAGAUGAAUUAAUUGAAGAAUUAUGGGUUGAAACAGAAUCAUUAGAAUUAAUAGAACAAGAAAAAGAAAAAGAAAGAGAAAAUCAAAUAGCACCAGUUUAUGAUAUUAAAGUUUAUCAAUUAUUUGAAAUUUUCCCAAAUUUGGAACUUGAGUAUAUUAAUGAAGUUUUAAUUUCUAAAAAUAAUAAUAUUGAAGAAACAACAAUGACAUUAUUAAGUAAUCCUACAGAAUCAUUUAACCCUACAUCUUCACAAGGUUCAUCAUCAACAACUUCAAAAACAUUUAUUAAUGAAUGGGUUCAAUCGAGUCAAUUAAUAAAUAAAAUAAAUUCUUUUUUUAAUAAAUUAUUAGAUUCAAAUAUGUUAAUUAAUGAUGAAGAUGUUGCAUUUUGGCUUAGGAAAUGUAAUUAUUCAAUAAAUGAUACAAUAAUAGCAAUAGUAAUGAAUGUAAGACCACAAAUAAAGACAAAAGUAACCAAACGUGGAUCUAAAGUUCAAAGAGGAAAUACAUCAAAAAAAUCAAACCCAACUACAGAAUUUAAAUACAUCAAGUCUUCUUAUAAAUAUAAUCCAAAACUGGUUGACUCUGUUGAAUUAUGGGAUAUAUGUGAAACAAAUGCAAUUUUAAAAAAAUUCAAUUCCGAAUUCGUCAAAAAUUCAUUAGAAUUUUUUCAAGGAAAUGUCUACAAAGCUAUUGAAUUCAUUUCGGAAUUAUCCAACAUUCCCGAAUUUCAAAAUAACACCAAACAAACUCCAAUUUUCAAAUUCGCACCUACGAUCGAAAAUGAUCCAUUUAUAAACUUAAGUAAAAAAUUUAAUCAUUUUUAUUCAAAACCUACAAGUUUAAAUCAUUCAAAAAUUGAUGAAAAUCAAAGAUUUCAAAAUUAUAUAAGAAAAGGAGAAGUUGAUCUACAUCGACUAAAAGUACCUGAAGCUUUAAGAUUAACUAAAAUUGUAUUGGAACAUUGGUGGGACGAAGAAAUUAAAAAUAGAGAAUUAAUCGGUAAAAUGAAUAAAUUUGGUCAUUUGGCAAGUUUGGGUCCAAUUAGUAUUAUUACUGGUAGAGGAAUUCAUUCAUCAAAUGGAGUUUCAAUAAUUAAAAAAAUUGUUAAAGAUUAUUUGACUAAGAAUAAAUAUAUAUUUGACGAAGAAGUUGGGGGAUUUGAUGUAAAGGGGAAGAAAUCAAAAGUAGUAAGGAUGCAAAAACUAAGGUAA